AUGGCCGACGCCAAGGCAGCCAAGAAGGAGGGCGGCAAGAAGGGCGUGGACAUGGUCGGCAUGAGCGACCUGGGCGGCGUGAAGUUCUUCACCAUCACCCUGGAGACCCCCAACGGCGACAUGAAGCUUAUGGACUCGGUGCUCGAGGGCGCCGCAUGGCAGCUGCGUUCGGCUGCGCUGCGCCGCGGCCCCACCUUGCAGAGCUUGGCCCCCCCACCCCACCCGUGA